UAACAUGCAUACGCGAGGAUCAAGGGAAGAUUAAUUUCAUUAAAAUUUUUGUAAACACAUUUAUUUUAUGAGCCACAAAACUUAUUGGCUUAGUCGAGUGUUACAUCUUAAUAUACACAUUAAAGUGAUAAGUAACUAGAAAUGGGUCUAACUAAGCAAUAUUUGGCUUAUCGUGCUGUUGAUAGUUUUAAUAUAAUAGCGAGCGGCAGAGCAAAUGUGAAUUUCGCUAUUUACAAUAGAAUCCAAGGACGCUAUUUUGCCGCUGCCGCUGCUGAGAAUGUUAUCUUAUGGGAUUUAAGGUUAGGUGAACGCGUAUUAACUUUAAGAAGAGACAAACAAGAAGUUACGGCUUUACGCGCUUCGCCUGAUCGUCUACAUGUCGCUGUUGGUUACGUCGACGGCGCGGUGGAAAUAUUCGAUUUGUCGAAUCCCGAAGAAAGUAUUUGCUUUUUAGCUUUGCAUAAGAGUGCUGUAUCCGUCUUGCGUUAUGAUGACCAAGGUAUACGUUUAAUAACGGGCAGUUUAGAUACCGAUCUGGUGGUUGUGGAUACUUUGGAACAGGCGGGACGUCAAAGAUUGAUAGGUCACAAUGCUCCCAUAACGGAUGCUCACUUUUUAGAACGUCUAGCUGUGUACCAUAUCGCAGUAAGCAGUUCGAAAGAUACUCAAAUUAAAUUUUGGAAUUUGGAGACACAAUUCUGUUUUAAAACAAUUGUCGAUAAUCGUACCGAAGUGUGGGCUUUGGCUUUCACGGGCGCCCUAAUGGUGGCCGGUUGUGGGGAGAGUACUAUGAAUGUUUAUCGUUUAACCAGGAAAGACUCUAAUGACGUUAAAACAAAUGCUUCAGCAAACGCAAUAGAAGGCUUAAGUGUUGACGACGACGAUACCAUAUCUCCUAUUAAUAUUAUGAAUUGCGGAGUUAUACAGAGAGCGGGCAAAGGCAGGUGUGUAAACUUAAUAGCAGAUCCAUCGGAGCGAGUCCUUAGCUGCCAUGGCACAAAUGAUCUGAUCGAAAAUUUCUACUUUUGCACGAAAGAUGAAGCUAAGCAACGUUUGGCUAAACGUUUGAAAAAAGCUAGAAAAGCCAAACAGAUUAAAGAACCCGAAGAAGAAGAACAAGAAGACGAUAACAAUGAUAAGAAUUUAAGUUUAUCAGACGAAAUUAAGCGCUUAAAUAGUAUAAAAACAAGACAGAAAAUCAAAUCGCUCGAUAUACUACUAGGUGGUCAAAAUGAAUUAAGAAUCUUAGUUAGUUUAGCAAAUAAUAGCGUGCAAUUGUAUAGUAUGAAGACUACGUCCAAAGAUGAGGAUGCCAAAAUGUUACGUUCUCUCAAUUGGCAAGGCCAUCAAUCCGAAGUGCGCAGUGUCUGCUUUAGCUCAGAUGGCUUAGCUAUUGGCUCGGGCUCGGCGGAAUCUUUUAAAUUCUGGAAUCGUGAUUCAAUGCAGUGCUUACGCUCUGUAAGUACAGAUUAUAUUUUAAGUUGUGUUUUCACGCCGGGAGAUCGCUAUGUCUUGUUGGGCUUAAAGUCUGGAAAACUUCUAAUAGUAGAUGUAGGAGCCGCUGAUAUUGUAGAGGAGAUACCUGCUCACGAUCAAGAAUUAUGGUCUAUAAUACUGCUACCCGAUCAAAAGGGAUGUGCAACCGGCAGCAGUGAUUGUACAGUAAAAUUGUGGACAUUCGAGCUAAUUGAUGCUAACAUUAAAGAAACGGAUGUAGAUAGAGUAACGCCGAUGGCCAAUUCGAGGCAAGUCAAAGUUUUAUCUUUACUACAUAAGAAUACCUUAAAGUUGGAGGAAUCCGUUCUUUGCGUGCAAAUCAGUCCGAAUAUGAAAUAUUUAGCUGUGGGUCUGUUAGAUUCGACAGUUAAGGUAUUCUUUUUAGAUACGUUUAAAUUCUAUCUCUCUUUGUAUGGUCAUAAAUUGCCGAUAUUGUGCUUGGAUAUAUCUUACGAUUCAACCCUAAUAGCAACGGGUUCGGCAGAUCGCAAUGUAAAAAUCUGGGGUUUAGAUUUUGGCGAUUGUCAUCGGUCGCUAUUUGCUCACGAUGAUUCGGUAAUGGCAUUGCAAUUCAUCGCCAAAACUCAUAUGUUCUUUACUUGUGGUAAGGAUGGAAAGAUAAAGCAAUGGGAUGCUGAUACUUUCGACAAAAUCAUCACACUGCCGGGGCAUAUAGGGGAAGCUUACGGUUUGGCGAUAAGCUCGAAUGGUCGUUAUUUGAUUACGUGCGGCUCGGAUCGCACUUUGCGCUUAUUCGAACGCACCGAUGAACCGAUAGUGUUACAGGACAUUCAGGAAGAAGAACGCGAGGAAAUGGAAAAUGAAAAAUUGGCUACGGGCGAAGAUCACGGUAUGGCUUUGUUACCGGGCUUGAAAUUGCCAUCGAAAAAAACUGUCGGUUCCGAAAAGGCGGCCGAAUCAAUUUUGGAAUGUUUGGAUGUAUGCAAACAAUACGAAUUGGAGGGUGAGAUAACGCCCACUUUACAUCCUUUAAUGAAGGCGUUAGAUGUGAAAACUACUACCGAUUUUCUUUUAAUUACCUUCGCACGCAUUAGAUCUUCUGAUCUGGAGGAGGCGUUACUAUUAUUACCAUUUCCCAUGGUUUGCGAGUUAUUAACACGCUUACCCUCACUAAUAGAAAAGCGAUCCGAUGAAAUUGAAUUGAUUAGCAAAGUGACAAUGUUUCUGUUUAAGAUACAUAUGAAACCGAUAAGUGGAGCUAGGCAUAUGAAAUCCUUGCUGCAACAGAUCAUAAAUUUAUUAACGUCCGAGGUAAAUGCUUUACGUGAUUGCAUUGGCUUCAAUUUACAUAGCCUGGGCCUGUUACAAACCGAGGUGGAAAAACGUGAAGACAUUGAACUUUUCUACGAAGCUCUUCAAGAUAAAAAGAAACGGGAAAAGAAACGACGUCAACGUGAGACGCUUAAACGUCAACUUAUACAUAUGGCAUGAAAUUAAGAAGACUUAAGAUUAAGAUAAAGUGAAAUAAAAAUGAAAUGUUUUUAAUAUGUUUAAAUAGCGUACAACACAUAUAUUACAGAGAGAUAUAAAUACAUUAAUGAAGAAUACCUAUAUAGAUCGAUCUACGAAG